UCCGGACAGACCCUGAAGCCACCCCUGCCGAGCUGGGCUGGGAGCAAAGCAUCGCGCUGGUGCUGCUGGUGGUGCUCUGCUCCAUGCACAGCUGGCGCUUGGCCCUGAGCCUAGCAGCCGGGACGCCAGCAGUGUGGCCGCCCCGCCGAGGGCCGUGCUGGCCACGGAGCCCGCGGCGGCGCGAGGAGUGUGGCCCCCCCGCCGAGGGCCGUGCUGGCCACGGAGCCUGUGUAAUAGUCCAUGAUGUGAACGAGCUGACAGAAAAGCUGUUUCCAAUCGUCGAAGCCAUGCAGAAACACUUCAGCGCUGGAUCAGGGACCUACUACAGCGACUCGAUCUUCUUCUUGUCGGUUGCAAUGCAUCGCAUCAUGCCCAAAGAAAUAACACAGAUCAUCCAGGUAGACUUGGACCUGAAGUACAAGACCAACAUCCGAGACCUGUUUGAUGAGUUUGACAACUUCCCAGAGGGAGCAGUCAUUGGGAUUGCCAGGGAAAUGCAGCCGGUGUACAGGCACACAUUCUGGCAGUAUCGCCGUGAGAACCCCCAAACCAAAGUGGGGGACCCUCCUCCUGAUGGGCUGCCCGGCUUCAACAGCGGCGUCCUGCUCCUGAACCUGGAAGCCAUGAGGCAGUCCAAGCUCUACAACCAGCUGCUGGAGCCCACCAUGGUGCAGAAGCUGACCGAGAAGUACCACUUCAAGGGUCACCUCGGGGACCAGGAUUUCUUCACCAUGGUGGGGAUGGAGCACCCAGAGCUCUUCCAUGUGCUUGACUGCACGUGGAACCGGCAGCUUUGCACAUGGUGGAGGGACCAUGGAUACAGCGACGUGUUUGACCAGUACUUCCAGUGCGAGGGUGAGGUCAAAAUUUACCACGGGAACUGCAACACCCCAAUCCCUGAAGACUAGGGCACCCGCUGCCCCCGGGAGCAGCUCUGACUGCAGCAAGCCCUG